AUGUCUCGUGAGUACAAAUCGAAGAUAAUCGAGGGAAAGGCUCCAAUUACGCUGUACACAACUCGUCGAUCGCCAAAGGGUAGGGCUGUCGAAAUUGUGGCCAGACUUCUGGAUUUGGAUUUGAAAACAGAAUACAUAAACCUAGCCAACAUAGACCACUUGACUCCGGAAUAUUUGAAGAUAAAUCCUCAAGACACCGUGCCAACAAUCGUAGACGAUGGAGUUGCCCUUUACGACAGUCAUGCCAUUAACGUCUAUCUAAUCUCAAAAUACGCCAAAAAUGAAGAUUUGUACCCACGGAAGGAUUUGAUCACCCAGGCGCGCAUCAAUGCUUUGCUGCACUUUGAAUCGGGAGUUUUAUUUUCCCGGCUGAGAGCUACACUGGUUCCAUUUUUCUACCACGGUGCGAAGAAAAUUCCUUCGGAAAACCUCGAGGGAUUCCAGGCCUAUGAGUUUCUGGAGGCUACCUUAAAGGGGAAAUUUUUAGUUGGUGGUUCCCUAACACUGGCUGAUAUCAGUAUCUGUACAACGCUAUCUACGGCAAACUAUAUAGUCCCCAUUGAUGGCCAGCGGUUUCCAAAAUUGGUAAACUAUUUGAAAGAUUUGGAACAGAAUCAGCCCUGGUUCGGGGAGCUAAACACGGAUCGAAACAUUGAGAAUUUUGCAACCAUUAAGAAAAUUUUUGACGAAAACUCGUAA